UUUGUCCUCCAGGUGGCGAUGGCGGCCCCGCCGCCCCAGCCGUUCCCCACUGUGGACGUCCCUGACCACGCCCACUACACCAUCGGCUCCGUCAUCCUGGCCAUCGGCGUCACGGGCGUGCUCGGGAACUUCCUGGUGAUCUACGCCUUCAGCAGGAGCCGCAGCCUGCGGACGCCGGCCAACAUGUUCAUCAUCAACCUGGCCGUCACCGACCUGCUGAUGUGCCUCACCCAGUCGCCCGUCUUCUUCACCACCAGCAUGAACAAGAGGUGGAUCUUUGGAGAGAAAGGCUGCGAGCUCUACGCCUUCUGCGGCGCCCUCUUUGGGAUCUGCUCCAUGAUCACGCUGAUGGUGAUCGCCAUCGACCGUUACUUCGUCAUCACGCGCCCUCUGACCUCCAUCGGCGUGUUGUCACGGAAACGGGCGCUCCUCAUCCUGCUGGCGGUGUGGACGUAUUCGCUGGGCUGGAGCCUGCCGCCGUUCUUCGGCUGGAGUGCCUACGUACCUGAAGGUCUCCUCACUUCCUGUACCUGGGACUACAUGACCUUUACCCCCUCGGUGCGGGCCUACACCAUGCUGCUCUUCAUCUUCGUCUUCUUCCUGCCGCUCUUCAUCAUCAUCUACUGCUACGUCUUCAUCUUCAGAGCCAUCCGCUCCACCAACCGGGCGGUGGGGAAGCUCAGCAGUUCUCGGGACGCGGUGAAGAGUUUCCAUCGCCUGCAGAACGAGUGGAAGAUGGCGAAGAUCGCUCUGAUCGUCAUCCUGCUCUACGUUGUGUCCUGGUCGCCGUACUCCGCCGUCGCCCUCACCGCCUUCGCAGGGUACGCGGACAUGUUGACCCCCUACAUGAACUCCGUCCCCGCCGUCAUCGCCAAGGCCUCCGCCAUCCACAACCCCAUCAUCUACGCCAUCACACACCCAAAGUACAGGCUGGCUCUGGCCAAGUACGUCCCGUGUCUGGGCGCGCUGCUGUGCGUCCGUCAGCGCGACCUUCGCUCCUCCAGCAGCAGCUUCCAGUCGACGCGCCGCUCCACCGUCACCAGCCAGAGCUCCGACAUCAGCAGCCAAUACCGGCACGGCGCCGCCAAGGCCCGCCUCUCCUCCGUCUCUGACAGCGAAUCGGGUCUGACGGACACGGAGGCCGACCUGUCCAGUCUGGGCUCGCGGCCGGCGAGUCGCCAGGUUUCCUGUGACAUCAGCAGAGACACCGCCGAGCCGCCAGGCAGAAAACAGUCGACCAGCUUGAAGGCCAAGCUGAGGAACCACGACUCAGGAAUCUUUGAAAAGACGUCGUUUGACACCAUGUCCAUGGGAGGAGUCGGUGAACGCAGCAGCGUCCCAAAUAGCGGGGACGCCUCAGAGGGACACCUGAUGAGGGGACAGAUCGGCCGGAUCCCCAGCAUCGUCGUCACCUCUGAGACCAGCCCCUUCCUGUCCAUCGGCCGGGCCGGGUCGCGGACGUCCCGGCCCAAAGCCUCCAGCGGCAUCCUGGGGGCGGGGCCAGGGUAGAGCCCCGCCCACCGGUCAUGUGACCGGCUCAGAUCCAAGCAGAUGAAACCAGAGUUUAUAAAUUAUUCAAGUUUAAAGUUAUUUUAAUGCAACAGAGAUCUGUCGACCUUCAUGAAGACUGAGGGAAAAACUAAACAAAAUAAUAAACUAAACUAAAUAAUAAACUAAACUAAAUAAUAAACUAAACUAAACACUAAACUAAACAAUAAACUAAACAAUAAACUAAACUAAAUAAUAUCUGGCAGUCAUUUUGUUUCCAGUAAAAAUGGAAAAAAUCAUAAAAUAAGAUCAUGUUGGAUCUGUUUUAACCAAAGAUCUGAUUCCAGCUUUUAAGGUUUUUGUGAUGUGAAAGUAAUAAAACUAAUCUGCUAAUCUGCUAAUCUACCAGUAGCUGAGCUAAUGUUUUGUUUAGCGCUUUAAUGUUAGCUUCCACUAGAUACUGUAUUGUAAUUGAACUUUAGCAUUAAUGAAACUAACAGUCAUGACUAGUGCAUCAGCAUUAGCAAAGCUAAGCUAGCAUUAGCAUUGUUAGCAUUAGAGGAAGUAAUGUUUCUGGUUAGUGAAACUAAACUUUGGUGUUAGCACAUUAGCGUUAGCUGAACUCAUGUUUAUGAUUAGCGUUUUAGCAUUAAUGGAACAAUAUAAAUGGUUGCUGCAUUAGCAUUAGCACAGCUAACCUGUUAGCUAGCGGUGCCCACCACUGAUGAGCUGUCAUUGAAAACAGACCAAAUUAAUCAAGUUCAGCUUUAAACAAUUGAUUCCAGAUUCAGACAGAAACAUGUUGGGACAGAAUCCGGAUCGGGUUUAACUGAGAUGGUGAGGGAGCAGAACCAGCUGAGAGCAGAACCAGCUGGACGGUUCUGAUCAGAUUUAUCUGCCAAUGUGAUCAGAAAACUUCUGCACACCUGUACAGAUGUCCUCUGCUCUGAUUGGUUGGUUCCGACUGAACCACUCCUAGU